AUGAGUGAGAGGUUCGCAUGGAACUGGAGCCCGGGUGGCUGGCUGCUGGCCUUGUGCGUGGCCUGGCUGUGGACCCGCCUGGCCUUGGCUUCUUUGCAGCCUUCACCUGCCACAGUCCUCGAAAAGCAGGGCACGUGUGAAGUAAUUGCUGCUCACCGCUGCUGCAACCAGAACCGCAUUGAGGAGCGCUCUCAGACUGUCAAAUGCUCCUGUCUUUCUGGCCAGGUGGCUGGCACUACACGGGCAAAGCCUUCCUGCGUGGAUGCCUCCAUUGUCCUGCAGAGGUGGUGGUGUCAGAUGGAGCCCUGCCUGCCUGGGGAGGAGUGUAAGGUGCUUCCCGACCUGUCAGGAUGGAGUUGUAGCAGUGGACACAAAGUCAAAACCACCAAGGUCACCCGAUAGCUCUUGUGGGGAAUCAUGGCUGGAUGGAGUCCUGGACUGAAGAACAAUAUCCAGUUUUUAGCCAGCAAACAUGGGGAUUCACUUACCUGAACAUGGACUCCAUGCCACAUGUAGCAUCUGUCUUUCCUGGGUAUUUCAGUACUGUGAAGAAAUGGAUGGAUUUGAAACCACAUACCUGGGGAUCUAU